AUGGCGGACAAUUUCUACCUGAACCUGCUGGACUGGAGCAGCAAGGGCGUGGUGGCCAUCGGGCUGGGGAGCGCCGUGCACGUGUGGAACAGCGAGACGGGGUCCGUGAGCGAGGUGGUGUCGGGCGACAGCGAUGUCACGUCCCUCGCGUGGGCCGACAAUGGAACGCACCUCGCCGUCGGAUUUGAAGACCACGCGGACUGCGUGCAGCUCUGGGCUGUCGAGCCGUGCAGGAAGAUUCGCGACUUGGCCGGGCACAGCGACCGCGUGAGCGCGAUGCACUGGGGAGCGUCGUACCAGCUCGCGACGGGCAGUCGAGACACGUCCAUCAUCACGCACGACGUGCGAGUGGCCAGCAACGCGGUAUCCCGCCUGCGCGGAGUGCACAGGGAUGAGGUGUGCGGGCUCCGCUUCGCGCCCAUCUCCUCCGCCGGCAUCAGCGGCGGAUCCGCCGCCACCGUGCUCGCCAGCGGCGGCAACGACAACCUCGUCGCCGUCUGGGACCUCCGCCGCGCCGCUUCCGCUGCGGCCUCCGCUGCCUCCCUGGCGGGAACGGCUGGCGCUACCUCUGGCAUGGAAGCGAACCCGACAGCCCAAGCGUGCGUGCAUCGGUUCCCGCAACACCAGGCCGCGGUCAAGGCCCUUGCAUGGUGUCCCACACAGCGACACAUGCUGGCGACGGGCGGCGGGUCAAGCGACAAGAGCAUCAAGGUGUGGAACGCGCAGGAGGGGUCGCUGCUGUCGUCCACCUUCACGGGGUCGCAGGCGCCCGACCGGCGAACAGUGGCCACGGCAGCAGCUGAUGAGACCCUCCGCGUGUGGAAGCUCUUCGGGUCGCCGCCCCCAGCUGCGGACGGCGGGAGGAGCGGAAGGGGGAUGGGGGAGGCAGGGAUGGAAGGAGUGAGGGAGAGGGAGAGAGAGGAGAGGUGGUUUGGGGGGGCGGGCGGCCAUGUAAGUGAGGCGAUGCGAGGAUCCAAGAGCAACAUAAGGAUCUUUCCGAGCCAACAAACGCCUACCGCCCUCCCUCUCUCCGUCCGGUCGCCUGCUGCGACCAAGACCCAAGGCAAGCCCAUGUACCCUACUUUCACUUGGAUUCAGAUUCCGCCUUCAUGCUCCGCCUUUGCCAGCGAUAGGAGCCGUUAA